AUGAGAAGAGCUUUUUGCAAUGAUACAAGUCGAAAAUAUGCUAGAUUUUUUGAAACUUGUACUGUUUUGUAUAAGCCGAGACACCGAGACCGGUUAGAGAGUUGGGAUAGAGGUGGUCGCAGGGAUAGAAUUAAUACCCCAAUUGGAGCUACUGAGGUUUCAACCAUGCCUCCAUUAUUUGCCUCGAUCAAGCGGAUUAUAGACCAGAAUCCAAGCUGCGUCAGUUUGAUUCAAAUUGGACAAUUUUAUGAGCUACAUUUCGAUCAAGCGGAGGAAUUUGGACCAAAACUCGGCUUGAAAGUAGCAUACAAAAAGACCAGCAAUUUUAACAUACCUAUGGCAGGAUUCCCCUUGGUGCAGAUCAAAAAAUACACAGAGAUGUUGGUUCACGAACAUGGCGUGAAUGUGGCGAUAGUUGACCAAUAUGAUACUCAGAAUAGAACUAUACAAAAUUUGCUUCAUCGCAAGGUAUCGAGAAUUGUGUCCCCGGGAACGUUGAUGGAUGAGAGCUUUAUGAAUUUCAAUCAGAACAACUAUUUAUUGGCAAUUUCCUUCCCGCCCAAUAUGACGCAAACUAUUGCUGAUCCUGACUUGACAGUUGGAUUGUGUUGGAUUGAUGUUUCGAUAGGAGAAACAUUUGUCCAGCAAACAACCUUGGGGAACUUGAUUGCCGAUGUGUCUCGAAUCAAUCCUAGCGAAAUAUUGGUGCCAGUAGAGUACUUUGAAAAAAGCUCUAAUCUAAUUUCGUGGUUUCCUCCUUUGCAAGAGUUUAAAAAAUACUUUGUACGGUAUCAUAAUACUCAAUAUUCAAAUAUAAAUUCCAAAUCACAUUUCAAAGGUAGUGCUCAAGCGGUUCGGAAAUUCUUGGAAGGUUUGAGCGUUCGUGAGCAAGCCGCUUUGAAUUUCGCAUUAUCUUACAUCAACGUCAAUUUACCAGAAGUGCAAAUGCGGUUGGACUUGCCUACGAGAUUUUGCAACAAUGACACUUUGCAAAUGGACUCAAGGACGCGAGAAACGUUGGAAUUGACCGAACGGGCAACAACAGGAAGAAUAUCGACGGUUGGAACAUUGCACUCGUCAAUAAAAAGGACUUGCACACAGUCUGGUUCCCGCUUACUUCUUCAAUGGUUAAAGGCUCCUCUAACAGAUGUUGUCGAAAUUCAAAAGAGACAAAAGUACGUUGGCAUAUUUUUGAAGUACCACCACUUGAGAUUAGUAACUCGUCAACGAUUGCAAAAGUUACCCGAUUUCAUUCGUGUGAUUCAGAAAAUCUCAAUAGGAACCAAUGAUGAUGUGUCCAAUAUGAAAGCAUUAGCAGACGCAUUGCUAGAUUUGGAGCAGUUGAAAUCUUUCUUGAAAGACGAAUUUACAAAGGAUUCGAAGGGAUUGCGUCCAUUAGGCGGCUUUGUCGAUAAAUUUGACGUACCUAUGGAACUUGCAAAUACAAUAUUGGACGCAAUUAUUGAUGUUCCCCUAAGUCUGUGUGAUUCAGAUGUGGUUGGUGAUGCAGAAAAAGGAGAAGCUGCAGAUGUUGUUGACGCUACUGUCGUUUCCAGUUUGGAGGAAGAUGUUAAUAAUGAUAAUGAGAUGGAUUCCAAUUCUUUCUUGGAAAAGUACAGAACUAAAGAUGAGCAAGGCGUUGAGCCUCUGUUUCAAAUUAGAAAAGAUUAUAACGAGACAUUGAAAUUACUUCACGAUGAAUUCGACCAAUUAGUUUCAGAAGAAGAAAGCUUCUUGAAUGAGCUUCAAACAGAAUUGUCUCUUUUAGACCGAAAAGCAACAAUAUCCAAAAGAGAAAAGUAUAGCCGGUGGUCAAAUGUGUUGGUUAUUAAUGCCAAAUUAGACGCAAUAAGUGCUGCUGCUGAGAAAUUCCAGUCGGACGUGUUAUUACGUCAGAAAAGGACAUUGACGUAUCGGUCUCAGAGGUGGUUGGAAUUGCAGCACAAACUUUUGGACAAAGAGGACUCAAUUAAGAGCAUCGAAAGAAAUAUUAUUAUGCGUUUGAAAGAGCAAAUAUCUGAGAAGGCCCAGCAGAUUCGAGAGUUGGGAAAAGCAGUUGACUUUUUGGACGUGACAGCCUCAUUUGCUAUCAUUGCCGAGGAGCAUAAUUGGAGCUGUCCACAAGUUGAGAAGUCUACUAGAUUGGAAAUUGUUGGGGGUCGCCAUCCCGUAGUUGAUUUAAGUCUCAAGGAUGCUGGUAGCAUGUUUACUCCCAACGACUCAAAGCUUAAUAAACAGGAACUAAUGUGGGUUAUUUCUGGUCCCAACAUGGGUGGGAAAAGUACGUUUCUAAGACAAAAUGCGCUUAUUGUUAUUCUUGCCCAAGCAGGCUCAUUUGUCCCAGCAGAGAAGGCGAGAAUCGGUAUAGUGGAUAGAAUAUUUACAAGAAUAGGGGCUUCGGAUGACCUCUACAAUGACUUGAGCACGUUUAUGGUAGAAAUGGUUGAAACAAGUAAUAUCUUGUUGAACGCGACAUCGAAGUCCUUGGCCAUCGUGGAUGAAGUAGGUAGAGGAACCAGCGGCAAGGAGGGUUUGGCUAUUGCUUAUGCAACAUUAGUGAGUUUACUUCAGAUCAACCAAUGCCGGACAUUUUUCGCGACUCAUUUUGCAAAAGAGUUAAAAGGAAUUCUUGAUGACGAGAAAGUAAAUCAAGAGCGAAUCAGAUUUCGUCGUACAAGAGUGUUGGAAUUAGAUAUGUGUGGUAAUACAGAUGUGCGGGUAAUGAUAGAUCAUACUUUAGAGCCGGGAAUUAGUGAAAGGUCGCAUGCAUUGGAAGUAGCAAAAAAAGCAGGAUUCCCGCUGUUUGCUUUGAUGAAAGCUGAGAAAGUUCUAGCUGUGAUGUGA